UAAAGUGAAAAACCAAAAUCCUAAGCUUUAAUCGCAUACAUGCCGUGCCCUAAAUCAGCAGGUCAGUGAUUCCUCCACCAUUACGAUUUCUACUCACAAUGUUCAAUCUCAUCGGCAGAAACUUGACAUUUUGUGUGUCCAAAAGGACCAAAACAACAUCGUUUCAUAGACUGUUUCCUCGGUUGUCAUCUUCGUCACCAGCAGCAGCAUCAGAUAACUCAUUCGCAGUUUCUUACCUCGUAGACUUAUGCGGAUUCCCUCCAGACAAGGCGAUUUCAGCUUCCAAAUAUUUGAAGUUCAAAACGCCAGAUCGAGCAGACUCCGUGAUAGCAUUUUUCAAGGAUCAGGGGUUCACAGAAACGCAGAUUUCUUACAUGGUUGGAAAGUUCCCCCUGGCCCUCGCAUGUCAUCCCGAGAAAAACCUUUUGCCCAAAUUUGAGUUUUUAAAUUCUAUAGGACUUUCGGAUUCUGAUAUUAUUAAGUUAUUUACUGCAAGACCCAGCUUCCUAAGUAGAAGCUUGAAGCAUCAUGUAGAACCUACCGUUAGUUUCCUUAGAAAUUUGUUUCAGUCCAACGAUAGAUUACUGAUUGCAAUCAGGAGGUGUGCCCUGAUCUGGAAUUCGAAUUUCAAAGCAGAUGUGAUUCCAAACAUGCAAAUACUGUGCGAUGUUGGUGUGCCCAGAUUGCAGAUGUUGAAUCUAUUAACUUAUUAUCCUAGAGAUUUUUUAGUUACUACAGACCAGUUCAAAAAGGCUGUGGAUGAUGUUGUGGAGAUGGGGUUUGAUCCUUUGAUCUCAAGUUUUAUGGUAGCUGUUCAUGCAGUUAGGUCAAUGAGCAAGUCCACUUGGGAGAAGAAGAUGGAGACUUAUGAGAAUUGGGGUUUGUCUAAAACCGAGAUCUUAUUAGCCUUUAGGAUUAAUCCAUGGUGUAUGAAAGCAUCCAAGGAGAAAAUUGAUAAAGUGAUGGAUUAUCUUGUUAAUAAGAUGGGGUUUGAGACAACUGUUAUUGUAAAGAAUCCUGGUAUCAUUUCAAUGAGUUUGGAGAAGAGGAUUAUUCCAAGAUGUUUGGUUUACAAAUAUUGUUUGGACAAUGGAUUGAUGAAAGAUAAAAAUUGUUGUAGUUUCGGUUGGUGGUUGCAAUGUUCGGAGGAAAAAUUCAUCAAGAGAUUGGAAAGAUAUGAGAAAGAAGCUCCAGGUGUUUUGAAAUUCUAUCUGGAAAAGUUGAAUCAUGCGGAUAGAAGAUGAAAUUCUAUGUGUAUUCGGAAAAAGAAAAUUAAAAUUUUUAUUUUGUAUUCUUUUAACCCUGAUUUUUUUUUUUAUAACUCCUGCUUAAAGUUGCAUUGGCAAAUGAAAUUCUAUGUGACUUUGGGUCGUUUUUUGUUGUAAUGUAGAUGCAUGUAUGUUGUUUGUUUUGGUAUGCUCCUUUUUCGUUUAUGGAUGUAAUGGAUAGCUUAUGGGUUUUGUA